GCCCGAAAAGCUCGGGCCGGGAGUUGAUCGAAAGCCGAACGACGAUUAAACGCAACGUGUCGCCGACCGGAGGCCCCGGCCUCAGCCCCAGUCCCAGCCCCAGCCCCAGCCCCAGUCCCAGGCACGGUCUGGACAGCUGCCUCGUGGGGUCCUUCAGUGGUGGCGGGAGCUGACGACCGGCAAUGGGGCGCUCCUCCAAGGACAAGCGAGACAUUUACUACCGUAUCGCCAAGCAGGAAGGCUGGCGGGCUCGCAGUGCCUUCAAACUCCUGCAGCUCGACGAAGAGUAUGCUCUCUUUGAAGGAGUCUGCAAGGCGGUGGAUCUGUGUGCUGCCCCGGGCAGCUGGAGUCAAGUCCUGAGCCGUAAACUCAAAAGGAAGAAUGGGGAUGGUCCGGAUAGCAAGAUCGUUGCCGUGGAUCUCCAGGCAAUGGCACCCCUCCCUGGCGUCAUCCAGAUCCAGGGAGACAUCACCAAGGUCUCGACUGCCCAGGAAAUCAUUCGGCAUUUUGAGGGAGAGGCUGCGGACCUGGUGGUGUGUGAUGGAGCCCCAGAUGUAACCGGUCUUCACGAUAUUGACGAAUACAUUCAGGCUCAGCUCCUCCUUGCCGCUUUAAACAUCACCACCCACGUGCUGAAGCCCGGAGGGACCUUUGUUGCAAAGAUCUUCCGGGGGAAGGAUGUGACGCUCCUGUACUCUCAGCUCUGCCUCUUCUUCUCCGACGUCACCUGCGCGAAACCUCGGAGCAGCCGGAAUUCCAGCAUUGAAGCGUUUGUGGUGUGCCGUGGUUACUCACCGCCUGAGGGCUACGUGCCGAAUAUGUCCAACCCGCUCCUGGACCACUGCUACGAUGUGGACUUCAACCAGCUGGAGGGUCCCAACAGGAUCAUCGUGCCCUUCCUGGCCUGUGGCGACCUCAGUGCCUACGACUCCGACAAGACCUACCCGCUGCAGCUGGAGCCCGACCAGGAAUACGCCUACACUCCCCCCACCCAGCCUCCCAUCCGACCCCCCUACCAGGAGGCCUGCUACCUCAAGAAGAACAACCUGCUGGCCACCCACCGGGCCCCGGUUCCCGCUCCGUCCGCCGACGCCUCCUCCCCACCUCCGGAAUGCACCGCGGCGUUGGAGAGUCUGUGCCUGACGGAGGGAGCCACAGUGGACGGCCAGCCUUGAAGGAUUGCCUCGGCGCACACUUGGAAACCAGACCGUGAGGCUAACUGUGGGGAGAGGGGAAGGGCUGUAAUCCCACAUCCACAGAGAGAGAAGCGAGGGGAGGGGGAGAAAGAAGAGUUUGAUGGGGGGAAAAACGUUUGCGAUGCAUAAUUUAAUGUUUAUUAAAUACCAAGCAGAGUGGUGAACACCUUCACACGUAUUUUUACAAUGAGCACAGCAUCUCAAAGACGGAGUUUCCUUCCCUUCCCUGGUUCCUGACCUGCCGACCAACAACCUGCUGGUGAAAUGGGAGGAUCUGGGAGACGGGGGGUUGCAGACGGCGCCCUGGGCCCUCUCAGUGACCGCCGUUCCACAGCAGGCGCCUCUAAGUGUCCGCAAAGUCUUCCGUUAAAUUAAAAAGUGCUGCGGAAA